AUGCAGCUCCCAUCAUCCCUCUGCCUUCUCGCGGGGCUGAUCGUCUCAGUGGCCAAGCCAGGGCUGGGAGGUGCUGAUAAGAGAAGUCCGCUGCCCUCACCUCCUGCCUCUGCCCUGGAGAAAGCUGGCCUGUGCCCACCAGGAGGGAACCAGGAUGUCCAGCCCUCCGAAGUCUUCUGCCUUUCCGAUGCUUCCUGUCCCGGCAGUGAGAAGUGCUGCAACGUGGGGACUCUGAGGAUCUGUGCGCAUCCUGCAAUGGUGAGCCCAGGUUACUGUCCGAAACUCUGCUCUGGGCUGAAGGAGGCCUGCCACGUGAGCUGCCUGGAUGACACCUGGUGUGGCCCCGGAGAGAAGUGCUGCCCUGACAAUUGCCACAUGCGCUGUGUGGCAGCUGCCCCAGUUCGGCCCGGCAUUUGCCCACGGAGGACGGUGUGGCCGAACGGCACCCCCUGCGGGAACCAAUGCAAAGAGGACAGAGACUGCCCUGAGGACCAGAAGUGCUGCUUCGCUGGCUGUGGCCUUGAAUGCCUGAACCCCUCUGCAGGUACCAGAGCCGUCUCAUGAGCAUCUCUGGGGCACAAAGCAUGG